AUGUCUGAGGAGAAGGUGUAUAUUUCUUAUAACAACGUUCACCAAUUAUGUCAAGAAACCGCUCCAAAAAUCAGGAACUUUAACCCCGAUAUCAUCAUUGCCAUCGGCGGUGGUGGGUUCAUUCCAGCAAGAAUCUUGCGUACGUUUUUGCGAGAGCCCAACACGCCCAAUAUCAGGAUUUUUGCCAUCAUUGUGUCGCUAUAUGAGAAUGUGCAGACUGCUGCGGGUGGUACAGUCGAGCAAAUCGGGGUCAAGGUGCAUAGAACUCAAUGGAUCGAUUACGAGCAAUGCAAGCUUGACUUGGUGGGCAAGAAUGUGUUGAUUGUCGACGAAGUCGACGAUACCCGUACAACGCUGCACUAUGCUUUGAGCGAGCUGCAAAAGGAUGCGGAUGAGCAGGCCAAGGCAAAGGGAAUCGAUGUCGAGAAAAAUCCGGAGUUCAAGACCACCUUUGGAGUGUUUGUGUUGCACGACAAGAAGAAGCCAAAGCGGGCCGAUCUUCCUCCGGAGAUCUUGGAGGACAGCAAGCGUUAUUUCGCCGCCAGAACAGUGCCAGACGUAUGGCUGGCAUACCCUUGGGAGUCCAAAGACAUCGUGUAUCACACUAAGAUGGCCGUUGAGCAGGGCAACGACGUGUUUCUGCCAUAG